AAUAGCUACUCGUCACCCAGUAGCGCGGCACACAUGAGAAAGGAGGAGGAAUAUAACAGACAAGACGAAUGGAAAAAGAAAAUAAAGCGUUGGAAACUUUCAGGCUGUGUGGAUUAAGAUAAACACUGAGCAGUAACCAAAGUGAAAGACGAGAAGAGAAGAUUCGUUUGAAAUCUUCUGGAAAACUGAAUGGAAACAUCUGAAAACAGAAGGACUGAAAAGAGGACAGAAAAGACGAGGAGCCGACUGGAUUCAUUUAGAAGUGAAUGUUUACAAGGACAAACCAAUUCUAGAAAAGAUCUUUGAAACAUUGAGCGCAUGAGUAAGAAAGAGAUUGAGGGGAAUUUGUAACAUCUUACGGGAAUACUGAUUCACUCCGGCAAUUUCACUUUCACAGCAGAUACUUUAAAAAAUACACAUUGAAAUCAGUUACAUAAUAUGGACCUAAAACAAACACUUCUUCUGUUGGGUUUCAUCUUGCUCUGCAGUGGAUCUCAUGAAUGUGAGAAAGGUUUUCAAUUAGAUAUAAAACAAUGUGUUGAUACAGAUGAGUGUAAAGAGAUACCAAAUCCAUGUGGCAAUAACUCUAACUGUACAAACACAAUUGGAAGUUAUUAUUGCAACUGUAAUGAAGGCUUCAAAUCAGAAACAAAAAAUUUCACAGGGGAAACAGGACAGUGUAUCGAUAUAAAUGAAUGUAAGAAAAAUUCAACAUGCAAUAAUAAUUUGGUGUGUAAAAACUCCAUCGGUUCUUACAAGUGUGUGUGUCCAUCUGGUUAUCGCGAGACAAGAGGAGACGCGAGUUGUGAAGAUGUGGAUGAGUGUUUGUCAAACGUGUGUGGAGCUCACAGCAGUUGUAUUAACACACCUGGUAGUUUCCACUGCAGCUGUUCAUCAGGGUUCAGUAAAGAUGUGGAGCCCAGCGGCCCCUGUAAAGACAUUGAUGAGUGUAUAAAAUAUCCAGAUGCCUGUGGCCCAAAUGCCACAUGCAUGAAUAGUCCGGGCAGCUACAACUGCAAUUGUUCCAAUGGUUACAGCAACUAUGGCAACAACCAGUCAAAAUGCUUAAAGAUUACCUGUGAGCCGUUUAACAGUGACCCUGGUCUGCACGACACUCCUAUAAAGCUGAAGGGUUUGCUGUCCCUGUUGAAGAGCAGUUGUGAGUCUCUGACUGAUCCAGAUGGAGAUAAACGCACAGGCGAGGUGUUACUGGAGAACCUCUUCACCUCCACCAAUGAAAUCCUAUCAGAAGACACGCUUGCUGAUAGCAUAUUAUUAAGUCGUUUUUUAGACGUUGUGGAGAACAGCAUGCGUUUGAUAGGACCGCAGCUUAAAGGGCCAGUGACCAAGAUGGAGACCGACAAGACCAAUGCCGAGGUUGCAGUAAGGCGGGGUCACACUCCUCCCACAGGGAGUGUCAUUCUGAGCACAGACUCCGCCCUCUUUAACACAAGCUGGGAAACAGUCGUAGGGGAUUCAUACCCAGGUUUUACGUUUGUGGCACUGGUCAGUUAUAAAGAUCUAGAUUCAUCCGGUGAUUCUUUCAACAAGAUCAGCAGCACAUUACAGGAGGAGGGCGACAGCGAGCAGGGAAACAUCACAUAUCAACUCAGCUCUAAUGUGGUGACGGCAGUCGUCAGUAAUCCUAAAACAAAACAUCUGCCCAAGCCUGUUACUCUCAUCUUUAAACAUGUGCAGAAAAGACCUCCUUCAGAAAAGGAGUCUAAAAGCAUGAACUACUCAUGUGUCUACUGGGAUGAGGCAGAGGGGGCGUGGUCUGGGCGGGGCUGUGAGAGGGAGUGGUCUAACAUCACUCAUACAGCAUGUUCCAGUACUCAUCUGAGCAGCUUCGCUGUGCUCAUGGCUCUCUACCCUGUGAAGGACACAUUUGAGUUGGUGUUGAUCACUCGUGUGGGUUUAAUUCUGUCUCUGGUGUGUCUGCUUCUGUGUAUCCUGACCUUCUUGUUCUGUCGUCCAAUACAAGGAACCCGGAACAGCAUCCACCUCCAUCUGAGCAUUUGUCUCUUCAUCGCAGACCUCGUCUUCCUCUGCGGGAUCUCCAGCACUCAUAAUAAGGGUGCUUGUUCUUUUGUCGCUGGGAUGCUGCAUUUCUUCUUCUUGGCGGCGUUCUGCUGGAUGUUGCUGGAGGGGGUGCAGCUGUACCGAAUGGUUGUCGUUGUGUUUAAGACCACCAUCAAGCAUCUUUACAUGUACAUGGUGGGAUACGGAGUCCCUCUCCUUAUCGUCAUCAUCUCUGCCAUCGCUUAUCCAAAGGGAUACGGCACUGAUCGACACUGUUGGCUAUCUCUCGAUAAAGACUUCAUUUGGAGUUUUUUUGCGCCUGUCUGCAUAAUCAUCAUCCUCAAUAGCUUUUUCUUCAUCGUCACCGUCUGGAAACUGGCCGGAAAGUUUUCCAGCAUCAACCCCGAUCUCUCCAAUCUACGCAAGAUCAGGGGGUUUACCGUGACCGCAGUUGCUCAGUUGUGCAUUCUCGGAGGAAUGUGGAUUUUUGGCUGUUUCCUUUUCCAGGAGAAAGGAACUCUGGUUCUGUUGUACCUCUUCACCAUCCUCAACAGCUUGCAGGGGGCGCUUAUCUUCAUCAUGCACUGCCUUCUAUCCAAAGUGGUAAGAGAGGAAUAUUGCAAGCUGAUUAAUCAGAUGUGGUCACGUAAGGAGAAGAAAUAUUCAGAAUUCAGCUCCAACCAGUCGAGUAACAGUCAGCAACCUCUACGGAGUGAUCAGAACACAGGAGAGUUAAAGUUAUAAAGCCAUUGUCCAAUCCUGAUGUGUCUGACUUGUAAGGAUGCAUAAAAGCAUUUUCACAAAGCCACGUCAACCUUACAUCUUACCAAUAAGAUAUCUGAAGGGGUUGUUUUCCUUUUGUGUCUGUUAGUGGAGAACAUGAUUGAUAUCUGUCUGUAGAUGUCAGCCAAUCAUAUGGUAUGUGUCGCAUCCUGUCCUAUCCAGUCUUAUAGGAACAGCUGAAACAUGUCAAAUUAUUAUAUAUGAAAUAUAUUCGUCUUCCUCUGAUAGGCUUUAAAGAGAGUUUAGCUGAUCUUUGUUGUGCCGUAACAAGUAAAGCUAUUUCAGACUGUGUACAAAAGGCAGCUUUCAUUUUCUCACGGGAAAAUAUAUUUUCAUUUACAAUCGACUUGAUUAGAGAGAUCAUUUUUUUUUAUAAAAUCUCUUUAUUGAAAUGUUAAUGUAUUAAUAAUGUUCAUGUAUUUUGCACCUGUGUGCCACUUUAUGUCUUCAAGCUGUUAAAGGAGAUUUUACCUCUUUAUAUGGGAAACAGAGGUGAGAGGUACUUUAUUUAAAAUAUUAAAAGUAUUUGAUCAAAGGCAGUGUUUUAUUGCACACAGCAUAUCUGAGACGGCCAUGAAAAAGUGUCAGUAUUACCUAUAGAUAAUAAUUUGAAUUUGAUCUCUCAAAUGCAAAAAUAUGAGAUGAUUCCCUAACACAUUAGGGGUAAUAAUGUUUAAAUGAUCUGAGACCUGAAAGCAUGUGAGUAAUACUAUUUAAAGGCUGCAAAUAUUAAACGGUAGGCUUUGUAACAGAGAUGUGAAAGUGUAACCUCACUCCCAGAUCUCAAGAGAUGUAGGACCGGUUACAGAUAAAGUCGGUGUAUUUGAAUUAAACUUUCUUCUAAUGUUCGCUUUUAAAGUUCAAGAUGAACAACUUGCUUCAGAAACAAGUAUUUUUUACAAGCUACUAUUGUAUUUGUGAUUAAAUGUACUGUACGCUUCAUUUUCAGAUUUAGUUUUACACCAAAGAGUUUUGUACUUAGAUUUUCAUUUCAGAUCAGCGUCUUUAGUUGUUUUUAUAAUAAAAAAUUGCUGCAUUGCUAAAAUCAGUCCAGUGCAACUGAGGAGAGCAAGGGUUUUUUCGUCUGGAUGGACAAGUUACUUUGCUGUCAUUUAAGAUUAAAAACUGCUAAAUAAAA